GAUCCUGCAGGGCAGGGAUUUGGACUGCACUGCUGGGGGGGCGGGGGGCUGCACGGCGACCAAUCUGUUCCUGCUCCAGGCUUCUUCCUGCCGCUUCUGGUUUUGACUCGGGAGUCUCCUUCUCACAAGGAAGUCAGUGGAAACACCGGUGUUGUGAUAUCUGCCUUCCUGUUCUCGGCGCAGAUCAGUCGGAGAGGAGUGAAGCGGAGGCAGGUCCGGGCCAGACGCGCAGGCUGGGGCAGGUCCGUGCAGCUCUUGACAGGAGGAGCCGGGAUGUGCGGUGAGAGGCAGGACCUGGAGACAGGCACAGAGGGGGCCCCGGACAGGAGUGUCGCUGAGGAGAUGUGAGCUAUAAGAGAGAGAAGAGUUUGCUCCCAGGAAGCCACUGCGGGACCCAAGGAUGGAGUCCCUGGGCAGAGAGGAGGAAACCUACAUCUUGGUGGAAUACGCCUUUGAGUACACCGCCAAGGACGGGCGUCUCGUGUCGAUAAAGCCCAACGAGAGAUACGUGCUCCUGAAGCGAACGAAUGACCACUGGUGGCACGUCAGGAAGAGCAACGGCAGCCGUCCCUUCUACAUCCCGGCCAAAUACGUCAGGCAGCUGCCUGGUCCUGCGGCCCAGACUGAGCCCCCUUCGGAGACGCUGCCCCCCACAACUCGGUUGGAGGAUGCCGACGCAUCCGUUGGGGUUGGCCGGGAGCAGCGGCCCGAGUACGAAUAUCGGUUUGUGAGUGCCAUUCCAGCGUGUGAGCCUCGAAAGACAGACACGGAUGAACCCAGCGAUUCCUCCCGGGCCCGUUCUGUCUCUUUGCAGGCGGGACUGGCGUCCCCUCUUGGGGUCGACAGAAAGGUUCUGCCUCCCGUUUCGGGAGAAAAGACAGCCACCCCCACCAGCCUGAGUGCAUCUCACGGCUGCCUGAAGCCUCACGGCCCAACGGAGCCCGGCUGUUCCGGGAAGGGCUACCGCCGGCCUGCUGAGCUCAUCCGGCCAACCGUGUCCCUGGACGACCUGGCCAGGUUCACUUCUCACAGCCAAGCAGGGACGGGGGACUCGGGACUGCACAAAGCCGCUUCGUGGGGCCAUCCUCACCCACGCCUCGGCUCCGAAAACUUCUACAAGCCGGCAGAGGAGAGAGCAAAGGAGGCCAUCCAGGAGCUGGGCACAGAGCUCGGUGCCGAACAGCCGCACACGGAACCAGCCCCGGAUCCCGUCUACGUGAACCUCCAGGAGCUCCAGAAGGAACUGAGCGCAGCUGCAGUUUCCAGGGCGGACUGCAGCCUUCAGCCACGCCUCGGCAGUCCGCCGCCGAACUGGGAGACUCACACAGACACGGAAAGCGGUCAAGUGUUCUACUACAACCCGGCGACCGGGCAGACGACAUGGGAUUAUCCGCUUGAUGGCUGUGUGGAUGGUGCGAGUCCCACCGACUCUUGCUCCUCUUCCCUGACUUUCAGCCCUGCUCCACCGACAGAGUGGGACCAAUAUGUAGACCAAGUGAGUGGGCAAGUGUUCUUCUACAACACGGCGACAGGAGAGACGUCGUGGGAUGCGCCCCGAGCGGGAGACCCCCUCAGCUAUCCAGAGAUGCAGCCUGCCAUUGCUCCCUUCAGCUCGGUGGAUCGGAGGCCUCCCACUCCAGAAACUGACUACCCCGACCUUUCCCCCCAUGAACUCGACCGCUACCCUGAGGAAGACUAUUCUCCCGCGGGCUCCUGCAGGCACCCGGCCUUCUCCUACGUUCCGGCAUCAUACCACAGUUGGGGCAGCAGCAGCAGCCAGGAGGCACUGGUGGUUGACUCAGACUUGGUCCCUGUGCCGAGCCAUCGCCGCAGCACCAGCAGCGGGUCCAGCCUGGACGGCAGCCUCUUUGGAACCUGGUCAACCAGCCAGUCGGCCUUCUCUCCGCCAAAGGAGGAGGAGCAGUUCAAAACCCUUGAAAAGGCAGGGAUGCUUCACCGGACCAAAACGGCGGAGAAAGGGAAGCGCCUGAGGAAGAACUGGAGUUCCUCGUGGACCGUUCUGGAGGGGGCCGUCUUGACAUUUUUCAAGGACUCGAAGCAUUCCGCUUCUGGCGGCGUGAAGCAUCCCUCUGUGCUGAGCAGUCCGGAACACACCGUGGAUCUUCGUGGAGCAACACUCUCUUGGGCCCCCAAGGACAAAUCGAGCAAAAAGCACGUCCUGGAGCUGAAGACGCGGGACGGCUCCGAGUACCUCAUCCAGCACGAUUCAGAGGGCAUCAUUGGCACCUGGCAGAAAGCCAUUGCGGACAUUAUUGGCAGACUGCCUGCAGACUUCCCUCCGGAAGAUAAUGGGGACAGUUCCACAGAUCUGGGUUUGAAGGAACAAGUAGGAAGCAACAGAGAAAAAGAGGGCGAAAAGAAGAGUCCAGCCUCCUGGCACUCAUCCAGCUCUCUCAACCCAGAGAGUGAGACCAGCAAAGUCCGGAACAAACUCCGGAAGUUUCUUCUGAGGCGGCCGACUCUUCAGUCCCUGAGAGAAAAAGGCUACAUCAAAGAUCAGGUGUUUGGGUGCCCUCUACAAACUCUGUGUGAACGUGAGAAAACCACUGUGCCUCAGUUUGUCCGGAUGUGCAUCCGCACCGUAGAAAACAGAGGUUUGGAUAUUGAUGGGCUGUACCGGGUAAGCGGAAAUCUGGCUACGAUACAGAAACUGCGCUAUAAAGUUGACCACGAAAUUAAAGCAUGGGGGCAGAUAAUCAUGUGUUGGCAAGAACAGACGAAUGAGAAUUUUCCUUUCUGGGUGUUUGCAGAAAUCCCAGAGCCGGCCAAGCGAAGCUUCCAUUUAAGGGAGCUGGUGCAUUCUCUCCCUGCUGCUAACCGUGACACCAUGAAGGCCCUUUUCCAGCAUCUCUGCAGGGUUAUUGAGUUCCGGAAGGAGAACCGCAUGUCGGCACAGAGCGUUGCCAUCGUAUUUGGGCCCACGCUGCUGAAGCCAGAGGCCGAAGAAGGGAACAUGACCAUGCAUAUGGUGUUCCAGAAUCAAGUUGUGGAACAAAUCCUGAACCAGUUCAGCUACAUUUUCCCAGAGAGCUAGACUCUCCCCGUGGACUGGAAGGAGCCGGCUUGAAUGAAGCAGUGUAUUCUACGCGAAGGCGGGUCCUGUCGCUAUGCGGAAGAUGUGGUGUUGCCGGGCAGUGCCACAACUAAAUGCUGACGGUGGGGGGGAGAGGAAGAUGACCUUAUCUAUAUGACUAUAAAUAAAAAUAUCG